AUGGUACUAGGCAUAGUUGAAAUGGAUGCUAUGUUUUGUGAGCUUUUAACUAAAUUCAAUGGGGGUUUUUCUUCCAGAGAAAAGAUUGAAGAUGAUGAUCCCAUGGGGUGGAAUCAGUUGCUGUUUGAGCGCAGCUGCUCUUUAUUUGCUUGGCAGGAGCAGUGGCAGGUAGCUCCCUCCCCCCUUGUUUCAUCGGAUGCAGACGCUCUUAAGUCAGUUGCAAAAGUGAAUCAGUUGAAGGAAUUGGCAAAAUUACUGGAUAUUGAAAGUAAAUUCUUACCCCUGGUUGUUGCAAUCUCUGGAAGAGUUGGCGCUGAGGCUCCUAUAAGUUGCGAGUUUAGUGGUUUGAGAGGUGUUAUAGUAGAGGAGACGGCCGAACAACAUUUCCUUAAGCACAAUGAUGCUGGAUCUUGGAUUCAGGAUUCAGCCUUAAUGCUAUCGAUGAGUAAAGAGGUCCCAUGGUACCUGGAUGAUGGCACUGACCGAGUUUAUGUUGUGGGGGCCCGAGGUGCUUCCGGUUUUGUGUUGACUGUUGGAAGUGAAGUGUUCGAAGAGUCGGGAAGAUCACUUGUAAGAGGAACAUUAGACUAUCUCCAAGGCCUCAAGAUGCUUGGAGUUAAGCGAAUUGAAAGGGUACUGCCAACUGGUACUUCAUUGACUGUGGUUGGCGAGGCUGUCAAAGAUGAUAUUGGAACAGUUCGGAUUCAGCGUCCUCAUAAAGGACCUUUUUAUGUGUCUCCCAAGAGUAUUGAUGAACUCAUUGGAAAUUUGGGGAAGUGGGCAAGGUGGUAUAAGUACGCCUCGUUGGGUUUGACAGCUUUUGGUGCUUUCCUGAUUGCCAAGCAUGUUAUACAGUAUAUCAUGGAGAGAAGGCGUCGUUGGGAAUUGCAGAGCAGGGUUCUUGCUGCUGCUGCUAAGAGAUCGGGCCAAGAUAACGAGGGUUCGAAUGGAAAGGCUGAGAAUGGUUCAGAUGGUGCCAAGAGAGAACGUCCAAUUCCAGAUCUAUGUGUGAUAUGCCUUGAGCAGGAAUACAAUGCUGUGUGGUCAUAUGUGUUGUUGUACAACAUGCUGCUCGCAUUUGAGCAACUGUCCUCUUUGCCGAAGACGGAUAGAGCAGAGAAAAGGUUGAAGAUGAUGAUCCCAUGGGGUGGAAUCAGUUGCUGUUUGGGCGCAGCUGCUUUUUAUUUGCUUGCCAGGAGCAGUGGCAGGGAUGCAGACGCUCUGAAGUCAGUUGCAAAAGUCAACCAGUUGAAGGAACUGGCAACAACGCUUUUCCCGAAUGAUGGGUUUCUGUUAUCUUUCAUCUUUCAGCAGAAUUACUGGAUAUUGAAAGUAAAUUCUUACCACCGGUUGUUGCAAUCUUACCACCGGUUGUUGCAAUCUCUGGAAGAGUUGGUUGGCGCUGAGGCUCCUAUAAGUUGCGGAUUUAGGGGUUUGAGAGGUGUUAUAGUAGAGGAGACGGUAAUGCCGAACAUCAUUUUCUUAAGCACAAUGAUGCCAUCGAUGAGUAAAGAGGUCCCAUGGUAUCUGGAUGAUGGCACCGACCGAGUUUAUGUUUUGGGGGCCCGAGGUGCUUCCGGUUUUGUGUUGACUGUUGUAAGCGAAGUGUUUGAAGAGUCGGGAAGAUCACUUGUAAAAGGAACAUUAGACUAUCUCCGAGGCCUCAAGACGCUUGGAGUUAAGCGAAUUGAAAGGGUACUUCCAACUGGUACUUCAUUGACUGUGGUUGGCGAGGUACCAUUGCUCGGUAACUAA